CACAUAACAUGGCUCCAUGCCGUAUUACCCUGAUUGCCGGGGUCCUGCUCUGCAUGGCGGUGGGUCAGUCCAGGGCCGUCAUCCCUGUUGAAGAAGAGAACCCUCGUUUUUGGAAUGAGAAGGGAAACCAGUCCCUCACGCAGGCACUGAAUCUGCAGCCUAUUGUGGGCCAAGCCAAGAACCUUAUCCUGUUUCUGGGUGAUGGGAUGGGCAUCCCCACUGUGACAGCGACGCGGAUCCUCAAGGGGCAGAUGGCGGGCAAGACAGGAGAGGAAACCACACUGACUAUGGACACAUUUCCGUUCCUGGCCCUUUCAAAGACUUACAACGUAGAUAAGCAGAUGCCUGACAGUGCGGGCACUGCCACAGCCUACUUGACUGGCGUCAAGGCCAACUACGGCACGCUGGGCCUGAAUGCAGCAGCCCGGCGUGGCCAGUGCAAUACCACCUUCAGCAACGAGGUCGAAUCUGUGCUCCACAGGGCCAGGAGGGCAGGGAUGUCCGUGGGCAUCGUGACUACAGCACGAGUGCAGCAUGCCUCACCUGGCGCUGCCUAUUCGCACUCGGCCGACAGGAACUGGUAUAGUGACGCCGAACUGCCGGUGGAUGCGGCAAAGCAGGGCUGCCGUGAUAUUGCCUUCCAGCUGGUCAACAACACCGACAUCAACGUCAUUCUUGGAGGUGGACGCACCUACAUGUUCCCCAAAACCACAAAAGACCCAGAAUACUCCACCAGUUAUGGAUCCCGAUUAGACAACACUGAUCUCGUCGAUAAAUGGCUCGCGGGAAAGAAGAACGCAAAGUAUGUGUGGAACAAAGCUGAUUUUGAUGCUGUGAAUGCAGAUAAUGUGGACUAUUUGAUGGGCCUGUUUGAACCAAAGGACAUGCGCUACGAGCUGGAACGCGACCCCAGUACUGAUCCAUCCCUCCCGGAGAUGGUGGAGAAGGCCAUCAGGAUCCUCAGCAAGAACCCCAAGGGAUUCUACCUGUUUGUGGAAGAUGAUGGCAGGAUAGACCACGGUCACCAUGAUGGCAAAGCCAAGCAGGCCCUGACUGAGGGUGUGCAGUUCGAUCUGGCCAUCGCCAAGGCCUUGGAGCUGGUGAGCAUCAAGGACACACUGAUGGUGGUCACAGCAGACCACUCUCACGUCUUCAGCUUCGGAGGCAACUCUGCCAGGGGGAAUCCCGUCUUUGGGCUGUCAAGCUCAAACGGUCUGGACGACCGGCCCUUUACUACAGCACUGUAUGGAAACGGACCAGGAUUCAAAAUAGUCAAUGGAAGCCGCCCUUUGAUUAAUGCCUCCAUAGCAGGUGAUAAGGACUACAUGCAGCAGGCGGCUGUACCUUUGGACUCAGAGACGCACGGCUCGGAGGACGUCGUCAUCUUUGCUCAAGGGCCCAUGGGCCACCUCUUCCACGGAGUGCAGGAACAGAGCUACAUUGCCCAUGUUAUGGCCUAUGCUGCGUGCCUGGAGCCCUACACUGCCUGCCCCAAUGCGGGGCCUGGUACCCUGAAAGCCAGCCUCCUAGCCUUGCUGCUAGCCCUACUGGGCACCGUCAUGCUGUCCUGAGCCAGUCCUUCCUGAUUCCUAGAAUAUCAAAGAAGAUUCAGUAUACUGAAGUGUGCCCGCAUUGGACUGCCAUUGUACCCACCCCCUAGUCAUGUGACCUUGACCUUUAAAAUGUUUCUCCUCACAUUUUUAAAGAAUCAGGUAUUGCAAAAGAUGAUAAAAGGGAUCCCUGUGCAAACACGGCCAUGUGGUGACUUUAUGUGGUUGUGUUCGCACACUAA